GAGGUGCAGAGAGAGGAGGGAGAUCGAGCGGGGAGACGCAGAGUCCAAUAAAUAGCGGGGACGAGGGGGAGCGGGAGGAGAGGAGAGACGCUCGCAGACGGAGGCGACCUCCACUCGUCUCGUUUCAGGCAGGCAGUCAGACACAGGCGUGUUCCCUGUCAACAGAUACGACGACAGACCUUCCCCCCCUCCCACUCACCUCCCCACCCAUGCUCUGAGAGCCCCCCUCCCCCUCCCCCCCCCCCCACACACACACACGCACCGGGCAGCAUGAGCCGAAAGAAGGCACGAGGCGAGGUGGUGUGGGGCUCCCGAGGUGCCGCCGGCACCCCCCUCGUCUCCUCCCAGGGGCCCAAGCCACUCCUCGCCAACGGAGUGUCCGCAGCUCUCACUCGCUCGCCCCUGUCCAGCAGCGGAGAGUUCUGUGACCUCGCGUCCAAGGUGAUGCUGGUGGGCGACUCGGGUGUGGGGAAGACGUGUCUGCUCGUGCGCUUCAAAGACGGAGCCUUUCUAUCCGGGAGCUUCAUUUCCACCGUGGGCAUCGACUUUAGGAACAAAGUUGUCACCGUGGACGAGGCAAAGGUAAAGCUACAGAUCUGGGACACGGCAGGGCAGGAGAGAUUCCGGAGCGUCACGCACGCCUACUACCGCGACGCGCAUGCACUUCUCCUGCUGUAUGACAUCACAAGCAGGACCUCCUUCGACAACAUUCGCGCCUGGCUCACCGAAAUCCACGAGUACGCUCAGCAGAACGUCGUCAUCAUGCUGCUAGGCAACAAGACGGACAUGGCCGGAGAAAGGUCCGUGAAGAGGGAGGACGGAGAGCGUCUCGCGAAGGAGUACGGAGUUCCAUUCAUGGAGACGAGUGCCAAAACCGGCACAAACGUCGAGUUGGCGUUCAUGGCCAUUGCAAGGGAGCUGAAGCACAGAGCCAUCAAGCUGCCCAACGACAAGUUCCGCAUCCAGGACUACAUCAACUCCGAGAAGAAGAAGAAAUCUGGCUGCUGCCAAUCGUGACCUUGCCCUCCCCCUCCUCUCCUCCUCCACCCCCCCCCCUCCCACUCCCCACCCCCCCUGUCUAAAGUGUUCCAGCCCCUUUCUCCGCACUCUUAGAACCGGUGGGUGCUGCUGUUGAUGCAGGGAGCAUGCAGCAGCUGUGGUUGUUACCUCGAGGUGAUUGACGAGCCGGGCGAUAGCCGUCGGGAAGUGAAUCACCACCGCUCUUUGUGACGAUGCCCUCUCCGCUUCCUCCUCCUCUUCCUCAUCAUCCUCCUCCGUUUUCGUGAAUCGGGGAUCGGAGUCGUUCCCCGGAGUUUCCGUGGUUCCUACCCCGUCUCUCCCGAUGUGAUUUGGGUGCCAUCGAUGUCGGGAUAUAUAUAUAUAUUUACAUAUUCGUUGUCUCGUUGGUUAUUGUUUUUGCCAAAAAUUCGCCGAGGUCAGAACCGGUCGUGGACGAUCGGAGGUGGCUCAGAGAUCAGAGGCUGCUGAGCCGAAUUCCUGCCGAGACCCUGGGUUCGAAUCUUCGCCCUGCCCACCCGCCCGUCCUCGAGCGUAGAGCGAUCGAUCGUGGCCUCGAAAUAAAAUGGCAUCGCAUUCAAUUCGGUUUUGUGUUUGAAUCCUAACUCAAAUUUGCCCAAAUUCCAGCUCUUAAGCGUUCAGACCACACCAGGUUUUGACUCCGGCUGUGUGGCGAGCGUCUUCACCCCGAGGCCACUACACUUUCAGAGCGUGGCAUGGAACGCGGUCACAACAGGGGAUCUCCGGCAGUAGUUAUCUUUUGUCAUUUUUUCUAUUCAACCUAUCUGCGUGGCUUUACCGAAAGACCCAAAGAAUGUGGGUGUCCGAAGUCCCCUCUGCGUGCCGUAAAUUUUCUUCUCGAACUGCCCCAGCGAGAGGCCAUCCCAGCCGACUGUUCUUGCGUGCCCCGGUGGUGAACUCAUCCCCCAGCACCUGAGCCCGUGGAGGGGUGGGGGGGGUAGGGGGGUGGGGGGCAAUUCCACAUUCACCGUGGAGGACUCGGGAGUCAGCCCCGUGGUGUGGCACGACCACUGCCGGCUCUCAAUAUUUAUGGACCCCCCCACCCACCACCACCACCACCCUGCGCACCGCCCCCCCCAUGAGCGAUGAAGGUGUGAGCCGAUCCGAACCCCAACCGCCUCGGCCGGGAUUCGAACCCCACGAGAUUUAGGAAGGCGGUCGCGACUGCGCUGCCGGUGACGGCUGCCUCCCUCCCUCCCUCCCCCUCUCCAAGCCCCCCCCCCCAGGUGACGCGCCCGUGCCGGGCUAUAAUGCCCGCGUCUUGUAGAAGUAUGAGGUGGAGCCGCCUCUGUGUUAGGCUAGCGUCGCGUGAGCAGGCGAGCCGCUAAGGCAUGGUUAAGGCGUUUGCCCCGUGGCGGCGGUUGUAGUAAUCAUGAUGAUAACGACACUAAUCAUGAUGAUGGUUAAAGCUUAAAGUUUCGAUCUGUAUUCAGAAGGGGACCCACCGGGUUAUGGGUUUCGCCGAAGCGCGUGAAAGGGGAUUCGGGUCGAGCGAGCUAGCCCGGUAACUUUAAUCCACAUUGUCUUAUGGUUGUCAUUGAUUGAUUGAUUUGCAUCCCUACUGGGAUUUUUUUGCACACAGCGUUGAAAUGCGGUGGGUGUUUUUUUUUGUUGCUGGAAGACUUUUGCUGUGUUUUUUUUCCCCCCUCUGGAUGUUUCUGUUUGCGUGUAGCAGUCACUUUGAGAUGUUUUCUUGUUCGUGUUGUUGUUUCGUCGCGGUCACAACCAAGUCAACAGCCGCAUGGCUCACAGGGUUAUCGCCAUAUAUACAUACAGUACAUAACAGGCAAAGUUGUGAAUGUGUGUUGUCUGUACAAAAUGUUUAGCGUUACUUCCCGACAUGCAACAAACUGGAGAU